AUGGCAAUGGGUACGGGUUUGGCGGGUUUUGGACCCGGAACCGACCCGUUUGGGGCGGGUCUGGAAGCAACUCUGUACGAAAUAUUGAUAGAAGAUGAAUUUGCACCUGGAUCAUUGCCCAUGAACAUUACAUGCCAGGCUGGCGGAAAACUCAUAGCCGCGGAUUCGAUCAGAACGGGAGAGACGAUGAGGUUUAGUUACUAUUUCGAAACUAGUCACGGCGCACCGUAUAAAGUUAAGUGUAUAUUCGUAAUCGGAAUUAGGACAAUGAGUUAUGUAAUGUUCGACUAUUAUAGAGAUGCGGUUGGGGGCCGAUGUAAGGAGGAGGUUUGCAAUUGGUCGGGUAUGGAGGAAGGACUUUAUUUGUAUUAUGACAAUCUUUAUCGCUUAAUUUAUCCAUGGUGA